ACAUGGCAAACCACCCAAGUAUCUCUGCCAAGAAAAACCUAAAUGGGGUCAUAAAGAGUCUGACACAACUGAACAUGAAAAGCAAAUAUUUGAAAAACAAGAAAAACAAAUACUUUUGUAUCACUAAUAGCGAAAUGGAGAAUGAAUUAGAGAGAUGAAGACCAACAAGCAGACUACUGCGUAGUUCAAGUUUGAAGGGCUGAGAGUUUGUACCUAGGUGAUGAAGUAUCAGUGUAGGGGGCACAUAUGGGAGAGACGUUAUGACGAUAGAAUGAAUGGUACUUGGCAACAGAUUGGAUGUGGGGGGAUGAAAGAGCAAGGAAUUCAGUAUAUGAAAUGUAUAUAAUGCUGGGAGUGCUUUACCCAUCUUAAACCCCUAUCUGCUUUUCCCACUUAGAAUCUGCCUUCUAGGAGAAAAGUGCCUUGAGUCUAAAUAAAUGGGAGAUAUUGUGGUUGUUUUCCAAAGGAAGUCUUCCCCCAUCCAAACACUGCGGUAGACUUAUCCCUCUGCUGGUUAAAUAAUUUGUGGAAAGGCCCAAAGACGAUUCAAGGAAGAUUCAGCACUACCUCUCUUGGACAGCUCUAUCAAAGGUCGCCCCACCCCCCCACCCAGAACCUUUUUCCUACAGGUAGCCGUUUCUCUCCGAGUCCUUUUCCUCGGAACACUCUUGCAACCCCUGGGGGUGAAACACUUUCUCUAAACCCCAUUCGACUGGGUGCUUGAGUAGGCGGACAGAAGAUGCGAUUGAUAGUCACCCAAGCCAAUGAAUAAAGAGAUUUUUUUUUUUGGCACGAAAAACCAUCAAUUGGACGGCGCGUGGCGACAGGGGCGGGAUAAAGAGCCGAGACGGGGCAGGAUUGCAAAGCGUUGGCUGGCCGACGCGGGAGGCGGUGACUUGGCCGCGGGCGCUGUUUCUGGUGGGAACUGCUACUUGGAAGCAUGUGUCCCUGGAUGUUUCUCUGGGGCCUUUAGCACUUCCAGAGUGUUGGCCUGUACUACAUUUGGUUUGGGACACCAGCGGGUGGGCGGUCCUGGCUGUGAACAUGACGAAGAUCUUAGUAGCCAAGUUGCUGUGCUUGGUGGGGGUGUUUAUCCUAAUGCUGCUUGGCUCCAUCCUGCCUGUGAAGAUCAUCGAAGCUGAUUAUGAGAAAGCCCACCGGUCCAAGAAAAUCCUCUCUCUCUGCAAUUCUUUUGGAGGUGGAGUUUUCCUGGCCACCUGCUUCAAUGCCUUGCUCCCUGCUGUGAGAGAAAAGCUUCAAGAAGUUCUGAAACUUGGAAACAUCACCACAGACUAUCCCUUAGCAGAGACCAUUAUGCUUCUGGGGUUCUUCAUGACUGUUUUUGUGGAGCAGGUCAUUUUGACCUUCAGAAAGGAGAAGCCCUCAUUCAUUGACCUAGAGACCUUCAAUGCAGGCUCUGAUGUGGGAAGUGACUCAGAGUACGAGAGCCCAUUUAUUGGAAACUCCCGUGGACACAACUUUUACCCAGAGCAUGGUCAUCAUUCCCAUGCCCAUGGCUUAAAUGUUCAAGAGCUCUCCCGCUCCAGCCCACUCCGUCUCUUCAGCCUCGUGUUUGCUCUUUCUGCUCAUUCUAUCUUUGAGGGCUUGGCCUUGGGCUUGCAGGAAGAGGGGGACAAAGUCAUGAGCUUGUUUGUUGGUGUGGCCAUUCAUGAGACUUUAGUGGCUGUGGCUCUGGGGAUCAACAUGGCGAAGAGCUCAUUGCUGAUGAAAGAUGCCGCCAAGCUGGCUGUCACGGUGAGCUUGAUGAUCCCUCUGGGCAUCGGGAUUGGUGUGGGCAUUGAAAGGACCAAGGGUGUGGCCAGCAGUGUGGCCUCAGUGCUACUACAGGGCUUUGCAGGAGGAACUUUCCUUUUUGUGACUUUCUUUGAGAUAUUGGUGAAAGAAUUAGAAGACAAGAAUGAUCGUCUCUUGAAAGUUCUCUUUUUGGUCUUGGGCUAUGCAGUCCUUGCGGGACUGGUCUUCUUCAAGUGGUAGGUGUGAUGAGAAAAGUUUCACUAAAGCACUUCAACCCUUCCAUGGAGGCCCCAGGAAGAUAGAGCCCAAAUCUGAAGGAUGCUCCUUCCUCUCCUCCACCUCCCUGUCCACUGGCCCUCAAAGAGGAAGAACUGCCUCCUGUGAGCAGCUUCUAUGGAAGAGGGAGUAUUUCCUCACCCCCAUUGCUCAACGUCCCUGCACGUUGGGCCUUCAGGUGGUGCUGAGCAUGUGGGCUGCCUGUGUAUGAUUAUGUAUUAGAACUUGAUAUUCGGAGGGUA